UGAAUGACAGUAUUUUCCACGACGUCGUCCCGCUUACUGGAAAUAGCGAAUGCAUUCAUCGUGCCCUCUUUGUUAGAUCAGCCGCGAUUCGCACGGGUGCAAGUGAAUCAACCCAGAAUGUAAACCAGGGCACGCCCAUAAACGUUUGGCUUUUGUUUUUGUUUGGGGUUCUGCCCACACCGCGCCCCAGGUUCCGUUUGCCAAAUUGCACUCCAUUCCCUGCAUUUCGCUGCUGGGAUUUUCACACGGAAAGUUGGAGUGAAAUUGCGUGUCUCCCUGUGUGUGUGAAUGUGAUCGAUCUGAAUCCGGUGUAGGUUGCCACGUUUACCAGCGACAACAUCGCAUUGGGUCCAGCCAAAACAAUCACGCAAACAAUAAUUGAUUGGAGGACUCAAGGACAGAAAAGGUAUGGUGUUCUUGUUGACCGAGUGGGGCAUGGGCGAUAGACAACCAAUUCAUGGCAAUUUCGCUGCUCACGCGUCCACCAGUCAACCAGCAGAAACUUCAGAAGUGGAUCUGCUUCCUCUGAGCAAUCAGGUGGGUGGCCACACGCGACUGAUGGUCCUCAAUGCCAGCACCAUUUGCAAGCCGCUCAACUUCCGAGAGCUGGACUUUUACCAAAACAUUCAGGACCGAGACAUAAACACGUUCGUUCCGAAAUACAAAGGCGUGAUGCAGGCGACCAUUUGCGGCGGCGCCAAGAUGGAGAAGCGCUACAGCCCGAGCUUUCGGGGCGAGGCCAAGCCGCUCAAGGCCGACCGCAAGCGCAAGCGAGAGGACGUGCUCAAAAUGCGCAUCCAUCACACCGGCAAUCCGAAGGACGUGGUCAGGAGCAUCGCGCAAGCCAACAACUCGAACAAGCAGUACUUUUUGAUGCUGGAGAACAUCACGUCGCACUUUGACCACCCCUGUAUACUGGACCUGAAGAUGGGCACCCGCCAGCAUGGGGACGAUGCCAGUGCCGAGAAGCGCUCCAAACAGAUCGCCAAAUGCGCCGCUAGCACCUCAGGCAGUCUAGGCGUUCGAUUAUGCGGCAUGCAGGUGUACCAGACGGGGACUGAUAAGUACCACAAAAAGGACAAGUACUGGGGCCGCGAGCUGAACGAAGACGGGCUGAGGGAUGCGCUUUGUCGCUUCUUCAACAACGGCUCCGGCCUUCGGGUGUUUGUCAUCCGCAACGUGCUGGCAAAGCUGCAGCAGCUGCGCAGCAUCAUCGAGAAACAAAGCUGCUAUCGCUUUUACUCCUGCUCUUUGCUGAUCGUGUACGAGGGUAGCGGCGCCUACAACCACUCGAUGGACUUUCAAGUGUUGGAGUGCGGCUUUGCCCCCGACGAUUCCAAACGGGUGAAUGAGCCACUCAAACAGAGCAACUUUGUGCCCAUUAGCGAAGACACUGUUUUCCUUGACUCCCCGCCCGGUCCCAGCAUCACGUCGUCCAGCCCCCGUUCCAUGGACAGCUGGAUGGCGUUCUCGAACAGUUCAAGCGACGAGGGCUCGCUUAGCAACCCCACGUCGAGCUCCUCCAAUGAGAGCAGCGAUGGCGAGGCUGCGCCCUCUCAACGAGCGAAGAACCGGCUGCGAUUGGCCAAUCUGGAGGCACUGGACGACAGCACGGAGGACGAGGAGCUCAUUCCGCAGCUAGCGGCCAGGUCAAAAAGGUUCUGCGCAGGAGACAAACCGAGCCAGCCCAACCCGCGGGUGGAUGUGCGCAUCAUCGACUUUGCCCACACGUCUUUCAAAGCGAAACACAACUUCAGCAGCCAGACGCACGAGGGCCCCGACGGCGGCUUCCUCACCGGCCUGGACAGUCUCAAUCGCCUACUGUCCCAGAUUCUGGACGGAAACCAGUAGGCCGCCUUCUUUCCAUCUCUGUGAUUUAUGAUUUUCCUGCUUCUCGAGCGUCCAGGUAUUACGCGUACCUUUGGUUCACAUUCCCACCCGCUCUCUUUCUCUCUGUCUAUCUCUCAAAAUGGCCAGCGCGCGCGCGCGCUCUUCCUGUUGAUGAGGAGGGGGGCGCCUGUGCCCCUCUCCAAAACCCCCCGGAAUUGGGGCUUUGGUUUCGAUCAACCGAGAAUCAGUCGGUUUUUUUUGUGAAUGGAAUAAAGUGGAUUCUGGA